CAUAUCCCGGCUGAUAAAGAUAACUAUGAUUUGAUAAAAUCGACACCAAGCUCGAUGACAUCUGUGUAAAGACAGAUGUUCAUGUCAGUCUGAAUAUCUAUGUCAAUCUCGUCUUAUUUACGAUUCUAAGGACAUAUGAACCUCCUACGAUUUCCCUCCACGAAGCUGCGUCUGAUUAUCGACUAUAGAUCUUCCGCUUUGACUGUGGACCAGCGAAGCCGCCAUCUGGUUCCACGUGGUGCUCCUGUAUGGAUCAUCCGUCUCAACAGUAACCUGUACCUCAACAUUGUGGCUGCUUUCAGUGUUUUAUUCGUGGAGAGACCUCAAACACACCGGACAGCAAGCUGCUCCGAAAUCCACGCUGACACCAACGCCGAAAUCAACCGUGAAACCUCAACAGAAAAUGGCUAUCAAAGCACGUAAACAUAACCGGAAUUGAAACCAGCAUCUUCAAAACAGUUUGCAAAAAUGGCAAACCUUCAAGGACACAGGCCAUUUAAUUUAUCACAUCUCGGAACACCGCACAGUCAAUUUCCACAACGUCCGGAUUCUGGUCAAAUUGAGUGGGGUAUAGGAAGUGAUCCCGAAGAUCCAUUGUCUCAUCGUAAGCAUGAAAAAACACCACCACCACCCUCGGAUCUCGAUCAUAAACCUCACAACGGGUCUCCUGAAAUCAUCAACAAUGAUCAGCUGCAUAACAUCGUCAAACAUGGACAGGCAAGCACAGCAAACACUACCAUGUCCAGUUUGACUGAAAAUGCACCAAUCCAGCGAGAACCUGAUUGGAGGGUUCUUCAGAUAGCACUUCCGGUAGGCUUCUUCCUGUUCCUGUUCCUCGUCUUGCUCUUGGUCUUCAUGCGCAGAUGGCGCCACAGCAGAAACUCAAAACGAGGCUCAGAAGGUGUUGUGAAGAACAGUGACAAUGUCCAACUUUUAGAACGCAUGAAUAUCAUAAGUAAAAAUCCCACAUAUUUCACGUCAUUGCACGAUGAGGGGGAAGGGAAGGAACUAUACGUCAGAGAAAUCCCACUGGAACAUCUCAAGUUGGUAGAGGUGGUUGGAGAAGGAGCAUUUGGACAGGUUUUUAAAGGUAACCUGUUCAACACGGAGACCAACUGUGAAACAAAGGUUGCAGUGAAGGUCCUGAAGGAUGGCGUGUGCAGUGAAAUUAGAGCGGAUUUUGAACGAGAGGUGGAGAUAAUGAGCGCUUUCGACCAUGACAACAUACUGCGCCUUAUUGGCGUUGUAACCCAAAAUGUGGGCCAAAGUCCAUAUAUGGUGUUUGAGUAUAUGGAAUAUGGAGAUCUUGCUGAACUUCUCCGAAAGAAUGAUCCUAUUCUGAGAAAAACUGACGACUGUGUUGUGUUACAGAAGAAUGACUUGGUCGACAUAUCGACCCAGAUCGCAAAUGGCAUGGCCUACCUGACCUCUCAACACUUUGUACACAGAGACCUUGCAACAAGAAACUGUCUUGUUGGCGAAGGUCUAGUGGUCAAAAUUUCGGACUUUGGAAUGUCCCGUGACAUAUACACUUGCGACUAUUACAAAAUUGGCGGAAGCAGGAUGCUGCCAGUGCGAUGGAUGUCUCCCGAGAGUGUUAAGUAUGGCCGCUUUACCAGUGAGUCGGAUGUAUGGGCCUUUGGUGUGGUGUUAUGGGAGAUAUUCAGCUGCGGUCGCCAACCCUACUACGGACAUUCUAACGAGGAGGUUAUUCGUUUUCUGGAUGAAAAGAUCUACCUGCAGCGCCCCGAAGACUGUCCGACUGCAAUACACAAUAUCAUGGUAGGCAGUUGGAAACAGGAACCAAAGGAGAGGUUUACCUUUGAAAAAAUACACAGUUUAUUAGUGGAAUACAACAAAAAAGUGGUCCUCAACGAGGAAGAAGAGAAGUCAGUAGAUUCUGCUUCUAUUGCAGAGGUAGUGGCGUAGGAUUCACACAUAUUUUGCUUGCUUUGGAGGUUCAUAGUAUGCAUAUCAAGACUGAGAAAUGGCAAAAUGAUUUAUGAGAGUUGUCUUCUCUUGGUACCUCGUCCGAUGAUAAGAUGAAGUUGACCUUUGGGUAUUGUUGUCAGAAGUGAUGUUUCUUUAUGGCACAAUGACAAUUGUGUUGUAAAAUGACACAUAAUGUAUGGCGUGUUUACAGUACAGUAAUUGAAAACACAAAAAAUAAUAUACUUGGGUUUUUUUCAUCGUUGUAGUCCGAUAUGGCAAUUAUUCUACAGAGCAAUGCAUUUUGACAGUAAAAGAACAUUAAGCAAUCAAUCAAUACACAUGUUAUGAAGCAUAAGUAGUCUUCCCACCAUGACGUAUAUUUACCAAAUUACCAAAUAUAUUUUCGGUCAUGCACGCGACUUGCUUCAGUGGUGCAUCCUUGCUUAAUCAUUUAUAUCUUUGUCGCUCGAAGUUAGGAUAUGUCACAUAUGUAUAGUCCAUAUACAUUGAUUCAAACAGCUUUUUAUUAAACCAUGUGCCAAAAUUACACUGAUAUUAGUUUUUGAUGUGACAAGGCCUGACUUGUUUUACAAUGACAUGUAUCAUAUGAUAUAAUGCUUGAUUUCAUUUUUGAUGAAUUUGAUAUAUAUAUUUGAUGCUUGAGGCGUAACACCAAACCAAACUUUGCCAUCCUUGUGUGAUAUCGUAUGAUUAGACAAUUGAUACAAAGUGGAAUAUUAGGAAAACUGUCAUUGCUGGGUUUUUAAAAAUGUAUGACCUUUUUUAAAAUUGUCUUUUGCCGGUCAACUUCCUACACAUAUGAAUCACCUACACGACAUGCAACUGUGGCAAGUACUGUUCAAAUCACAAUCGUAUAUUAUUACGUUAACUUUAUUGAUGAUACUUUACAAACAGAUUCUAAGAUAAUGUCCACAUGUUACUACAAACCGUUGCAUUUCAGUACCCGUUUGUGUGGCAAAUAUACUGGAAGCACAUCGGCAAUUGUCAUGUACUUUUUAUAUGCAAAAAAGUGUGUUAUUUCGAAAGUUAUCGAGAUUGGGAAAAUAGUAAAGGGGCAAGUAAGAUGAUGUUUUUAUGAAUUUCCGUCAACGUUCGCUGCACACAAAAUGUUUUGUCUUUAUCAUUGUCUUUGAUUAUGAAGUCCCAUAUAUGGUUCAGCACAUUUUGCAUUACUGUACAGAUAAACAUGUCUUUGUGAAGUAGAUUUGUUUACAUUUAAUACAUGUUUUAUGAUCGAUAUGACUCCCAAUUUUGUUUCUGUUGAAAAUCUUACAUGGUGAUAUCCGCACCUUGCCAUCCUGUUUCCUAUCUGUAUUUGCACAAACAAUGGCCUCACACGACACAAGUGAACAAACGUAACACCUAACAAUUGUCAAUUGUUUAAUUGCAUCACCAGUGCGUCAAAAGGACAAUAUGGACAAUAUUGGACAAGCGGAUGUCACAGCAAGGAACGCAGUGUGAGUUGCAUUGCAGAAGAGUCAAACUGUUUGUGAUUCGUACAAAAAUGUUUUGAAAUGCAUAGAAUGCAUUUGACUUUUACAUGAUAUAUUAUAACACUCUUCUUAUAUUUAAGAAACAUUAUCCCUCUAUAUCGUCAACCCUUUCUUCGUGUAUAAUGGCGGAUGUCAAAACAUAUAAAUUUUUGAAGGAUGUACAUAGUCUAUUAGUCUAUAAAAUGUACCAUAAUAGUACAGGUUGAAGGGCAGUGUCGCGUACUACGACUUAAAUACAUUUCACUUUCAUGUGUUGUUUGUUCCGGUCAUUUCUGGUCCUCCCUCUUGUUUUCAGAAGCCCGUUCUUCUAACCUUAAGAAGAACAAAAAAAAACACAUUUUUGCGAUCAGUGGCAUCCAGGGCAAACCCUCAAUACUUAUCAAUUAAAUGAAUAGGACACGGGUGAUGUUUACGAUAUUGCACUAAUGUAUAGAUAUGAACCGACAACGGUGUAAAACAGUUUCACUUGUAUCGUUCUAAACGUGCCUCAUUUGGCUCCGAGAGCAGCAGAAAUAACCUCUUCACGUAACGUACUCAAAACUAAAGAUAUUUCAAUAGUGCAUCAUUGGGCAAAAUGAUGCAUUUUUCAGGUCAUGACCAUACAAAGUAUGGAGGUUCCUAUUUGUAAUCAUAUAUAUAUAUAUAUAUAUCUUCUUUACUCCAGGAUGUGUUCGACAUUAUCAGUAAAUGCACAUAAGACGCUGUUGAAAACAGCACCCAAGAACAUACAAGAGGUAUAUGGUUGUCCUUCCAAAACGUGAUCGCUGAGAGAAAAUAUAGAUGUCUUGUUAAAAAGUGAACGUUUAGCGUGCCCGAUUACAUGCAAUAAGAACAUAUUUCAUGAUCAUUUGUGAUUAUGUGUUCAUUAUUUCAGGAUCCUUUUCCGAACCAUGUUAGGGAAUGUUCUGAAAUGUCAUUUGUGUUACAUGUACACUCAACCAGCUGUUUUAAUGAUGAUUAAUGGUUCCUUCCCGUUACAUAUCCACCAAUAAAAUCGAUAUUUCAUUUUCAGAGACAUUUUGAUGUUAGAACUAUGUUUCAUGUACAUUUUGUACAUAUUUUCUGUAAAUAUAUGUGUAUAUAUAAUAUUUAUGUUGUACUGCAUUUCGUGCCAUAUUACCCUGUUACUAUAACACUGUGUCAUGUUUGUGGGCAAUUCUUAAGGGUAACCAUGAUUUGAAUAAUAAUUGUUUGAUUUGAGAGGCGUUAUGCAUUGCGAUUACGAGUAAAUAAUAGUGGACAAUUCUAUUUACGUAUAAAAAGAUCAACAAAACGCAGAGUCAGCUAUGUGAUUCCGACAACACCAUCAGAAUGUGUUUAUGAGUCACUGACACAUUGUGAUGAUACCGGCUGUAGGCGAAAAGGUUUACCACGCGUGACACUGUCACGAACACAAAAGCGUGGUACUUGUUUACAUGAAAUUAACAUGGGAACACAUGGUACAGUUCAAAAUAGGACUCUCUUCAUUUUUGUCACAAAUGUGUCGAAAUUGGAAGUGUCCCCCGCAUAACGUUUUAUUGAAGCCUUGUUUCUUGCAACCAAGUUCAAACAAAGUUUCAAAAGAGUCGCAUACUAAUCACUACUUAUUAAUAAUCUGUGCUUUGCAGUGUUUUGUCAUAACAAUAAACAAGGUUUGUGUGUUUGUAAAUGCAAUUAGACAUCGUAAUAGAAGAUGUCGUUGUAUCUUUUUGUUAUUGUUUGGAUGAAAAGGGUUAACAUUGCAGCACAAGUUUAACUUAUGAGGAAACUGAAUUCGUUCAAGUUGUGCUAAAAGUUCAAUUUUGAGAAGUAACCAGGAUUAAGUAGUGAAAAUCAAAACUAAAUGAUAUCACGCGGUAGACAUGAGACAAUGAAAAUAAUUAAUUGACUUAUAACGCAUCAAUGAUUUCAUGAAUAUUUUCGUCUUCGUAACCUUAUGAUAAAAAGAAAAUGAAAGCCACUCAUGCCGUGAAUGUGUACAGUUGUUAUCCAGUUAUACAUUCGUUCGAAUACAAAAUUGUAGGAUGUUGUUAGUCGUUGAAGGUCACAGUACCGUGCUUACAACAAAUUGCAGUGAUAAUUGAUCUUGCCAUCUACACUGUUCAAUGCUCAAAUGAAACACAAAAUAUUUUCUGACAGUAAUCACUCAAACUAAAUAUGCUGUCAGUAUAUUCUGAAUGCCAAAAUAUAACUACAUUGAUAUAUAAGGAGUCAUUCAUAGUAGCAUUGGCACAUUUCAUUUCUGCAUAAUGCAUUUCAUAUUUGAACAUAUAAGGAGCGUUCAGCAAAGUUUACGUUAUGUAAUAUUCUCCAGUUCAGUAUUAAUUGACUAAAAAUGUAGAUUGUGGGGAAAUUGCCUUUUCUGUAUCAUAACUGAAGACGUAUAUUGACGUUCACGAAAAGUGAAUUUUGUUAGAUUAUAUUCAAUGUAAGAAGUUUCAUUUUUAACCACUGGGUGUCCAUAUGCUUUGACAUGUCAUAUGGCCAAAAACUGUGCUUGGUGUAUUCCAUACUUUUUCCAUUUGGUUUAGUCACGUAAUAAUACUGGCUCACCGUGCUAAUUACAACUGCAGGUGCACGGUACUUUGAUUAAAAUUCACUGUGAUCAAAUUCAGGAUAAAAUUUGUAUUUUUGUUGAACGCCAAGAAUACCGACUUUUUGGACAGUGUACACCGACUACCAGCUUAGUUUUUAUUAGAAAGAUAUACGUAUGAAAUGAUAAAUCAGUAUCUUCUGGUUCCAUUCAUAUUCAAGGCUUAGAACAUUAUCAAGUUUAUGAAGUCACAAAACGUCCAUUUAAAUUUCACACCACAAUCAAACUUAUGAUGUAUGUCUGCAUUUACUGUGUUUUUUUAAGUUGUCUUUGUCAAUUGGGGCAUCGUCAUAUUUCAUACUUAACCUUUCUCAUAUUCACCUGGUGGUAUGAUAGCUUAGGCAUGUUCAUUUUCCUGUAUAAUAUAACGCAGGUUUCGUUAUAUAUAGUGCUACCUUUAAGGGUCAAGAUGACAUAUGUUUCAAGGCUGCUUCUUGUUCCCUUCAUCUGAUGAUAGGAACAGAAGCAGUCUUGGAACGUCAUGGCAAAGAAUUAUCCUGAAACAAAAUAUAAUAUUCGUUUUAGGACUUUUGUGUUUUUCCAUCUUUUAAAUGUCAAUGAAAAAAUUAUGGUGAGGGUUUACAAUUUAGAACUGAGAGGGUGAAGAAAAAUGUUUCAUUUAUUUAUUUGCAUGCAAUGCAGACAUCUCUUUAACGUUAUAGUACAUUGUUGAAUUAACUUGUUACAGUAUGUUAUGUAAUUGUGUAUAUGUAUAUACAUGAAUCCAGAUUAGUCACAAUAUCGUAUUGUAUACUGUCUGUGCUCAUAGGAUCUUUGGUGACUUUCCAAAGUCUCACUCAAGUUGUAACAUAUACAUGUGUCCAAUAAAGACAUUAUUAUCAUA